AUAUAAUAUCUAGGUCAGAGCUCUGAUUGAAACCUAAGUUAUUUUCAGAAAUAUUUAAAUAUGGCGGUUAGUGCAGAACCAGAGAAAUUCCGGGAAAUGAAUAUAACAUCAGACAGUGAAGAUGAAGAUGACCCCGUAGUCUCAGAGAUCCCUGUGUAUAUGGCUAAAGGGUUGGAUUGUUAUAUUCUCCAGUAUCCAGUACGUCCUGGUUCUAUGUCCUAUGAUUCAGCAGUAAUGCAGAAAUUCGAAUUUAGGCCUAAAAACCAACAGGUUGAGAUGCAUCUCUCCCUGAAUACACAGAAUGAGAACUAUGAUAAGAGUAGAGGAGAACAGAUCGCACUAAAUGUAGAUGGAGAGAAGGGUGUCCCUGCAGAUCAUAGAACAUUUAAAUCAGGACUUAUGGAUACCCAGGUAUUUACUACAUGA